AUGGUCAUCCAGCAGCCUUCGGGUCAAAUAAAGCUCACAAACGUCUCUAUCGUCAAACUGAAAAAGGCCAAAAAGAGAUUCGAAAUUGCAUGCUACCAGAAUAAAGUACAAGACUAUAGGAAAGGGAUUGAGAAUGACCUUGACGAAGUACUUCAAAUCCAUCAAGUGUUUAUCAACGUGUCUAAAGGUCAAGUAGCUUCGAAAGAUGAUCUAUUAGGCUCAUUUGAUUCAACUGACCUGGAUAGCAUAAUCAAGGAGAUUCUUACAAAAGGUGAAAUGCCACUCUCUGACAAAGAAAGACAGACGAUGAUGAACAAGAUCAACAACGAGAUGCUGACAAUUAUUAGUGCAAAGUGUAUCAAUCCAAAGUCUAAGAAAAGAUAUCCGCCCUCAAUGAUACAUAAGGCCCUGCAGGAAUUGAAAUUCAGAGUGGUAGUCAAUAAAGCUGCCAAGCUACAGGCCCUAGAAGCUAUUAAGGUUCUGAUAGCUAGUCAAAUCAUCCCCAUUAGUAGAGCCAGGAUGAGGGUUAAGGUGAGCAUUGACUUGAAUGGCAACUCUGAAACCAUCGAGAAGGUUUCCGCGUUAAUGAUGGGUCCAGUAGUGAAUGAAACAAUUUCUAUUUGGUCAUGCACUGCCCUGAUAGAUCCAGUGGCUUACCGUGCCCUAGUCGAUUUGUGCAAUGGGAAAGGUGUUUUGGAGGUUCUUGAUAUGGCCGUUAUCGACAGUUAA